AUGGCCGAUGUAAUCCAGAACGUUAUUGUAGUCGGAGUCGGUGGUACCAUUGGCCCUACUUUCCUUGCCAAACUUCGGACUGCAGGCUUCAAUGUUUCAAUCCUUGCUCGUGAGGCUUCCAAGGCUACCUAUCCCACCGAUAUUACUGUCCAUCGGACAGAUCUUAGUCAUUCAUCCCUUGUGAAGGCUUUUCAUGGUAUUGAUGCCGUCGUCUCUGCUGUCGCAACUUUCAACGUCCCUGAUCAAUUCGCUAUGAUCGAUGCCGCGGUUGAGGCGAAAGUGAAACGCUUCCUGCCGAGCGAAUAUGGUGGCGAUGCCUCGUUGCCUGAUCUCGAGAAUAUUGCUCCAUUUGCCGUCCAGAAACAAAAGGUUGUUGAGUACCUUGAAACAAAAGAAUCGCAGGGCCUUUCUUGGACUGCCAUCAGUGUCGGAGCCUUCUUUGAUUAUCUUUUCGGGUAUGGUUAUGGCCUGAUGGGCUUUCAUUUCGACGAGCCAAAAGUUCAGCUAUUCGACAAGGGCGUAAGACCUCUCGACGCCACCACUAUGAAUCAAGUCGGCCUAGCAGUCGCUGCAACCCUUGAACAUCUUGAGGAGACAAAGAAUAAGCGGAUAUACGUCAACUCGUUCUCCGUUUCGCAGAGUCAAAUUGUCGACGCCUUUGAGAAACUUUCAGGCAAAACGUUUGAGAGAACUGAAGGAAGCACUAAGGAGUUGAUUGCAGCUGGCAAGGCGCAUAUAGAAGAGGGAAACUGGGAUCUUGGAUAUCCGGAAUCAGUCACAGCGGCACUUUACUCAGACACAGGCUUUGGCUACUCUUCAGGACGCGCUUCUGAAUGGAACAAGAUUUUAGGUCUGCCUGAAGAGAGCCUAGAUGUAUGUGCCAAGGAACUUUUGCAAAGCAAAGGUUGGAUUUAG